CGCUCUUUCCCAUUCACCUGAAAUAUCCACUACAAGCUUCGAUCGCGACCAUGGUCCACUCGAUGUUGCGCGCUGGCGCCCUCGCGGCGAUAUCUGUCCACUUCGCCACUUCAACCUACGCUCUUCCGCUACCAAUCGCUGCGCGACACACAGAUGGUUAUCGGUCUGUCGGUAGCGCUCAGCAACACUCAAAGCGAAACGUUGUGAUUGCUGGAGAUGUGUUGCCUGACAACCUCCUGGAUGGAUCAUCGGCCUGCGUUGACGUGAACUGUGGCGAUAGCCUCGGGAUCGCGAGCCUUAGUGCCAUCACCGUUUCUGAGGCUCCCGCUGCGGCACCUGCUCCGGACGUUUCAGCCGUUCGCCAUCACGAUAACGAUACUGUAGUCAUUGUUGAUGGCGAUCACAAGACCGUCAGGAUCCCACGAAGUACGCUCUCGAUGAACGCAACGACGUCAGGGACGCUCGCACUGAUGAUGCCUGAAGAGGGAUCUGCCGAUAUGACGGAAAUCGCUUCGCUAGUCAUCGCCUCAUCCAACGAUACCCCGUCCCCUUUCGUCUUGGAUGCGUCUGCCGUGAACUCGACCCAAUUCAUGAUGAACGUCCUGGAUCAAAGCAUGCUCGCUACCAUGGGUGCCGAGCAAUCACCUCUGCCCUCUGCAAAAGUCACGGUCACGCUAUCCACUGCGCAUCCGGAUAGCGUCGAGGGCCGGGUUCUAUGUACGACUUUCGACCCGGCUCCAACGUCCCCAGCACAGUUCACCAUGGAAGGUUGUCUCACCGGUCCUGGAUCGGGCAGCAAGAGCCAGCUCUUCUUGUUCGACCAGGAGACGGGUCAAGUCUCGCCGAUGUGGCAGGGCCAGUCGGAUGCCUCUGCGGCAGCCGUCGACGACGCUCCCAACGAGGAUCCCGAGUUCGGCUCCAAGGACGCCUCGGACGGCAACGAUAUGCCGUCGAUGGCGGCUGGCGUCGACCCGCUUACGCCCUUAAACAAUCAGAUCGCCUCCGUGACAGAUGUCGGUGACGAUCUCGCUGGUUCCGAGCUGGCUAUGUCGGAGUCUCCUGUGACGUUUUCCUCUACCCCGGAUGUGGCUUUCUCCAGUCCAACGCCCUCGGCUGCCGCCUCCUCUACGAAUGCACCUGCCGGUGCAGCACCUCAGAGCGUCAUCUUCGUAUUCAAACCAAGUGACUGAUUCCACGACCCGACGUGCUAGCGCACUUCGCUACACCAAGACGCUAUCGGACCGUAUUUGUUUUCCAGAAAACCGACGGAUCUGGUGGCGACGGCUUCCGCACCUCGACGUAGAGUGUAUCCG